AUGAAUCCAAGCGUAGUUAUCGUGCAUCGUUCCGAUACGCGGCGGAAAGCUUGCGCUGGGUGUGUGAAAGCUAAGCGGAGAUGUGAUUUGAUACUGCCCGCUUGCACGAGGUGCGUGAAGAGAAAGAUGGGGUGCUGCUAUGGCGAUAAUGGCACCGUGGUUGACGAGCAGCAGCAGCAGCAGCAACCUGUAAUAUCAACCUCGUCGGCUCAGCUCGAAAAGACUAUCCUCACAUGGCCAGUCAUACCAUUCACCCCUCCACCAGAAGCAGAACCAGCCAUAGAGUUAGACCUGGGAUACGAAGAAUUCUUCUCCUCGCCCUACUCAUCCUUCCCCUUCCCACAACUCGUCGUUACAGACCCCUUCCAAAUCGACUACUGCAUCUCAGAACUAAAACGCUCUAUCGAGACACUCGUCCUUGAAGGUCGAACCCCAUUCAUCCACCCAGAUCUCUACAGCGAGAUCAUGCCAGAGACGUACCAAGACCUGAUUGGAGUAUGUAGUUUCUACAUGCACCGCACGCCGCAGAACUAUCCCAUGGUUUGCAGAAUGAUGAAUGUGAAAUUGAAAAAGUUGGGAGAGUCGGCGAAAUCAGUCGUCCAGCUGGGAAGCUGGCUUCUCCAUUUACAGGCGCUUAUCAUGUAUCAAAUCAUGCGGCUUUUUGACGGGGAUGUACAGCAGAGGAGGAAUGCGGAGAGAGAUAUGAAGGUGUUGGAUGCCUGGACGGAACGCCUGCAGUCGGAGUUCUCGGAGGUGGAUCUAGCGCCUGCUGAACCGUCAAGAAAUUGGAUCAUGCUGGAGAGUAUUCGACGCACGUUGAUGGUCUCAUGGCUGUUGAGAGGGUUCUAUAAAUCCAUCAUGGAAGGCGUCUGUGAUAUCGUGCCUGUAUUGACGACACUGAUGGUGUCAGAAGAUGCUGAGGCGUGGGAAGGAAGGAUUCCAGUGACUGGGAAUCAGAACUUGGUUACGUAUCCGGCUUAUGUCAUGCGUUGGAAUAUUGGCAAGGUGAAGACAGCAAGCUCGUACGAGAUGAUGUUGUUGAGGGCUUGUCCGGAUGCGAUAAUUGAGGGCAUUUCGAGGUGGGGACAAUUGGAGAGUCGAUCCGGGGUGCUAGAACAGUGA